CUGCCUCCGUGACAUGGUGGCCGCCAAGGUCGGCUGGGGCUCGAGAGACGUGGCCGCGGUGCCCGGGCGACGACUGCACCUCGGGAUCCCGGAGGCCGUGUUCGUGGAAGAUGUAGAUUUCUUCAUGAAACAACCUGGGAAUGAGACUGCUGACAUAGUCCUGAAGAAACUAGAUGAGCAGUACCAGAAGUACAAGUUCAUGGAGCUCAAUCUCGCUCAGAAGAAAAGAAGGCUAAAAAGUCAGAUUCCUGAAAUCAAACAGACUUUGGAAAGCCUAAAAUACAUGCAGAAGAAAAAAGAGUCCACCAAUUCAAUGGAGACCAGAUUCUUGCUGGCUGAUAACCUGUACUGUAAAGCUUCAGUUCCUCCUACUGACAAAGUGUGUCUCUGGUUGGGGGCUAAUGUAAUGCUUGAAUAUGAUAUCGAUGAAGCUCAGGCAUUAUUGGAAAAGAACUUAAUAACUGCUACAAAGAAUCUUGACUCUCUGGAAGAAGACCUUGACUUUCUUCGAGAUCAAUUUACCACCACAGAAGUCAAUAUGGCCAGGGUUUAUAAUUGGUAUGUAAAAAGAAGAAACAAAGAUGAUUCUGCCAAGAACAAAGCAUAAUGGUGACAACUUAAGAAUGUAGUUCAGUUUUCCAAACAUUUUAAGUAUUCCAAAGGUCAUAUUUUAAGGUCAACAUGAUGUUGAAUAAUUUUUUUAAACAGCAAGGAUGACAGUUAAGACUUUAAAAAAAUAUAAACAUCAUUUUAUUUAUAAAAAUUUGUUUCAACUAUUUUAUAGAAUUAGUAUUAUUUUUUUCACAUUUUCAACAGAGUAAAUGCUGCUUUUUUCUUUAAUUUUAGUUUUUCAUAAGGAAGGUCUUAUCUGGAACGGCCAAAACCCUUCGAGGUAGACUGGAAGCUGAGUUCUGAACACCGCAGCACAGUUUUUCUUAUUGGUGGAUGAAUUCUCAUUUGAUGCUAUCAAACUAGUUAGACACAGCUUUUGUCUGUCGUGCACUUGAAGCUUCCUGGUCCUCUGUAUUCAUUAGAUGUCUUAUGAAAAUAGAGUGAUAUUCUGUGCCUGUCCAAAAAUAGGAAGGAGGUGUUGACAAGCUUUUUUCUUGCCCCAUCUAAAUGCAGCAAGCAGAACGAGAUCAUGGCCAAUACAAAAUAACGAAGUUACCCUUAGCUGGAGCGGUUUCAGAUUUCUUAACAGUUCUCCAAAGCAGCUGACUAGGAAAACUAUGAUAAUAAAAGCCUGCAGUCAUUAAA